GCUUGUCAGACUACUGAGAGAUCGUGAUGCCAAAGGCAGGCAUCACACCGUAUGCAAUCAAAGCUUUCCUCUUCAGACCAGACCACCGUCUCGCUUGCAAAACCGCCUUCCUACCCAGGUUGUCAUCAAUAGUCACGCGUGAACUGGGAUGCCACCUGGAAGUCCUACUAGUCUAUCGUACGCAUGUGCUUGUCUAUCGCAGCCGAACUCGAGCCCCAGACCCGGAACUUGAGCAGGAUAAUGACAGAUAGAUCUUGGCAAGCUGUACGGUACUAAAAUCAUGAUCGUGCCCAUCUUUCUUUGUGACGAUAGUGAUACGAGGUCCCUUCUUACCUGUCACAAGAGCACUCGUCAUCUUCCGAACUCAUAGCAAGUUCCCUCUGAACAAAUUGGAUCGCUCAGAAUGAAGUUUUCGCUCGCGCUCGCAGCUUUGGCUGGUCUUGGUGGGUCUUGGCCAAAGAACCGUUAUUUGAGUCUUCACUCAUGAAAGUUACAGCUUUUGGACGUCCGUCGACUGGGGUGCAGCCACGAGCUGAAGGAACCAUCACAUACGUCGACCAAGAGACCGGAUUUACCUUCUCCGAGUACAAAGCCGCAUUUUCUCUCUCGGCCAACAUUGUCUUCCGCUUCGCGCUCCCUAGCAAUGCACCCUCGGGCCCCUACAACGCCGUCAUUCAGGCCGUGGUUCCCAACCAACUUGGCUGGAUAGGUCUCGCCUGGGGCGGCAACAUGGUCAAAAACCCGCUGACCGUCGCAUACCCCAACGGCCAAAAAGCAACCGUUUCCUCGCGAUGGGCUACUGGACACAGCACCCCCAUGGCCUACACCGGUGCCACCUACACCCUGCUCAACACAGGCAACAAAGUCAACGGCUCGCACUGGCAGUUCACCGCCAAAUGUGCCGGCUGCACCACCUGGACCGGUAGCUCUGGAUCCGUACGGAUCUCGCCGACCGGCAGCUCGCGCCUUGCCUUUGCCUAUUCUACGGGCAAGGCGUCGUCGCCGUCGUCAAACACGUCGACGAUUCCGGUGCACGACACGCCGAACUACUUCACCAACGACUUCUCGCAAGGCCAGAACCCGAACUUUGAUGCGCUGCUAGCGAGGAACGGGGUCUCUGCUGCAAGGGAAGGUGUGGUAUUUGUCGAUGGACCGCUUUGAGGGAGAAGCGAGGUGGAAUGUAGCGAGUGGCGUUGUAGAGUACGUAGUUCUCAAU